CGGUCAUAUUCUCGAUCUGUUAAGAAAGUGUUUGUUUCUAUCUUUCUUAAAAGAUGAGAUGAAGGAAUCCAUAUUUGACCGUCUGCUAAAAGUAGUUGGCCGUCCGCGAAAAGAAGUUCGCCUCAAGUUAUUGCCUCUCAUUCCAAAGAAAUUAAUCUCAAGAGCACCAAGGCCACGGGCCUUGGAACCGCAGCUUCCCUCUGCCAGCAGGCUUAGAGAGGCUGGCAUCAAAUUCAAAAGAGGUCAAUCAUGGCCUAUCUUGGAUAUAAGACUUCGGCAAGGUGUUCUUGAAGUCCCAUCUCUGUUAAUCCAUGACACCACUGAGACCAUCUUUCGAAACCUCAUUGCGUUUGAGCAGUGUAAUUAUGGUAUCCAUGGUGUUCGUGAUAUAGUCACCUCUUAUGCCAAGCUAAUGGAUAAUCUCAUUGACACAGUUGAAGAUAUAGACAUAUUAUGCAAGAAUGGCAUUAUUUGCAACUCAUUGAAUCCAGUGGAUGCAGCUCAGUUCUUCAACAGGUUAUACAAUGACACACAUAUCAGUCACCCACGUUACCAUGACGUCUACGAGGAUGUGAAUGAUUGCUGCCAGUGGUGGUGGCCUAGAUGGCUAGCCUUUUACAUUCACAAUUAUUUUGCCAGGCCGUGGGCCAUUUUUUCUCAAAUAUUUGCGCUACUUAUCUUGGCUCUUACCAUCUUACAACUUAUACUUAAGUAACUUAUUCCUCCCUCACCUUUUGUCCUUCCCACUCCCCCCAUCCUCUCACCCCCUAGGAGAAAAAAAAAAUCCUUCCUUAUUUUAUUUAAUUAUGUUAAUUGCUUUAUUUGCUUUGGACUAGGUAGCCCCUUUGCGGAUGUUGUGGUAUGUAGCAAUGUAAUUUUCAUUAUCUAUGUAUUCUGUGUUAUGAUUGAUAUUCAAAUGAAAAAGACAUAGAAUA